UAGACGCUUAAGUAUAGCUGGUGCGGCUACUCACCUGGCCGUGACGUUGUGUCCACUAUCAUUGGUCUGCCAGGUUCAUGGCAACCUACUUAUGCACAGCACAGUGCAGAAGCGUUCUCUGUUUCUAUUAUCUAGGUAUUGUCUAGCAUCUCUUGACUAUAGAAAUGCUAUCGAAACGAGUUAUCGCUGCUGCUCGCAGUCGUGCAUUUUUCGCUAGUAGAGGUGCUCAAUACACUGCUGUAUCAUUGUCGCAAGGAUGGAAAGUCGCCAACUAUAUCAGACGCGCACAGUUGCAUUCCAAGACCGUAAAGGUCCCACAGAUGGCCGAGUCUAUUUCCGAGGGCACACUACGAUCAUGGUCAAAGCAGGUUGGGGAUACCGUCGAGGUUGACGAAGAGGUUGCGACCAUUGAGACGGAUAAGAUUGACGUCAGUGUCAAUGCGCCUACAGCAGGGAAGAUUGUGGAGUUGCUUGCAAAGGAGGAAGACACUGUCAGCGUUGGCCAGGACCUCUUCAUAAUUGCACCUGGCGAAGGCGGUGCGUCUGCUGCUCCUGAGGAGCAGAAGACAGAUCCUGAAGAACCUAAGGAUCAGCAACUGGACAAGACGAUACCAGAGCCGCGUGCACCAUCAGCUGCUGACAAGCAGAGUGGCGGCAUCCCUCCAGAAGCACCCAAAGAGUCCAAGAAGGAGGUGAAGAAGCAGGAUUCGAAACCAAAGGAAGACAAGUCGAAAGCACCUCCUCCUGCACCAAAGGCCCCUGGCAAUCGGGGCGAGACAAGAGUUAAGAUGAACCGUAUGCGCCUGCGCAUUGCUGAGCGUUUGAAGGAAUCGCAAAACGCUGCCGCUUCACUCACGACCUUCAAUGAGAUCGACAUGUCCUCUCUCAUGGAGAUGCGGAAGAAGUACAAGGACGAAGUGCUCAAACAACACGAUGUCAAGCUCGGCUUCAUGAGCGCGUUCGCUCGUGCAUGCGCUCUGGCGCUCAAAGAGAUUCCUGCUGCAAACGCAUCCAUCGAGGGCGACGAGAUCGUCUACCAUGACUUUGUUGACCUGAGUGUCGCUGUCGCGACGCCCAAGGGCUUAGUCACCCCUGUGGUGAGGAAUGCUGAGGGCAUGGGCUUUGUUGAAAUCGAAAAGGAGAUUGCCGCUCUUGGAAACAAGGCAAGCACCAUAUAUAUCGCCAGGGAUGGUAAAUUGACUCUCGAGGAUAUGGCAGGAGGCACUUUCACCAUUUCCAAUGGUGGUGUCUUUGGCUCAUUGUAUGGAACACCCAUCAUCAACUUGCCACAAUCUGCUGUGCUCGGCAUGCACGCGAUCAAAGACAAACCUGUCGUUGUGAACGGCCAGAUCGUCAUCCGACCCAUCAUGGUCGUCGCCCUCACCUAUGACCACAGAUUACUCGAUGGUCGGGAGGCAGUCACGUUCCUAGUGAAGGUCCGCGACUACAUUGAGGAUCCUCGGAAGAUGCUUCUUGCAUUGAGCUGAGCCUUUCCUUGGCAGUUGUUUCAUGUUUUUAUUUAUUUCAUUCGUGAUGUACCUACAUUGAACACCAGGCCAUAAUUGAACUCAUCCACAAGGAAUCACUAAUAUUCCAGCCUCUGGAUGAGGCUCUGAUAAUUUGCAGAAAGUUAAAGAGUGAUGUACCUUUGUUUAUUGAUUCCCUUUCGAUUCUGUAUUCGCUUGUAUUUAUUGUCAACGUUGUUGACCACAAUACAGCAAGUACUCGGUC